AUGGGACGUUUAUCAUACGGUGGUGGAAGAGGACAUGUGACUCAUCAGAAAGUCAAGGACAAUCCAAUUUCAAAGGUUGUGAAACAUCUAUUUUCAACAAAAGAUGUAAACAAUGAAAAGGCAAGAUUGUUGUUCAAAGAUGCAGAAGAAAGACUGAUUGACGAUGUCCAAGCUUCUGGAAUAAAGAGCUCCGAAGACAUGGUGAAAUCGAUUCAAGAUGGAAAGUCAAUCAACUUUGAUUCAAGUACACCAAAGUUGGAUGCUCCAGUUGCAAGAGAAACAGAGAUGACUCAAAACAAGAUUCUCUAUUCUGCAAAGCUUAACGAGAACAUGUGA